UACACCGCAAACAUUUGAUUUUGACUCAGAGUUCAUGAAAAGCGAAAGGUAGUGGAUGUAACGAGGCCUGUUAACGUUUUAGACAACGUCAAGAAUAAAUGUGAGAUAGAUAUCUUAAACUCACGAAAGAGAAACAGAAAAACUUUAUUUGAUUUGUCUGGCCGAGGAUCCUGGGUCUAGAUCAAUUGUUCCUGUACUAUUGAAGCAAGCCUGCACUUUAAGAGCAUUUUGGAGAAAGUUUUCUUCCGAUCUGAACUACGAUGCAACUGAUUGAGAGGACAGUGUUUUGCUUUUUGGCUGCAUCUUUGUGGACAGGAAUUUCAGCCGUCGUCCCUCUUCCAGAAGAAAACAUGAACGUGACUCAAAUGAUAAUUUACAAUGGCUACCCUGCCGAAGAGUAUAACUUUAUAACCCCUGACGGCUACAUCAUAACCAUUCAAAGAAUUCCUCACGGGAGACAGGAAACUUAUGCCUCUGAAGAUGCCAAACCGGUUAUUUUGGUGCAGCAUGGACUUCUGGAUGCUUCUUCCACUUGGAUAUCAAAUUUACCCAAUGAAAGCUUCGGUUUCAUACUUGCUGAUAAAGGAUUUGAUGUGUGGCUCGGAAAUGUCCGUGGUAAUACAUAUGGUAGACAUCAUGUCAAUCUUUCUGUGGAUUCUGAUGCUUUUUGGGAUUUUAGCUUUGAUGAAAUGGCCAAGUAUGAACUCCCCUCUGCAGUCAACUUCAUCCUCAACAAAACCGGGCAGACAACUCUGUAUUAUGCUGGUCAUUCACAAGGAAGCCUCAUGGCUUUCGCAGAGUUAUCAAGAAACCAUGAUUUGGCUAAGAAAAUAAAGGCUGUGUUUGCACUCGGACCUGUUGCUUAUUUAGGUCAUAUGAAGAGUCCUCUUAAACUUUUGGCUGAUUAUGUUCCAGAACUUGAGGAUCUUUUUAUGAUAUUUGGAGUCCGUGACUUUCUCCCUUCCGAUGAUUUUGUACACUGGAUGGCAACAAAUGUUUGUGAGCCACCUGAGCUGCGGCUGAUUUGUUCAAGUGUGAUCUUUCUCUUAUGUGGCUUUGAUGUACCACAGUUGAAUUUGACACGCCUUCCGGUUUAUGUUUCACACACUCCUGCUGGAACAUCUGUCAAGAAUUUAGUACAUUUCAACCAGCUGUACAAGUCUAGUAAAUUCCAAAUGUAUGACUAUGGCAGUCCAGAAAAGAACAAAGAACACUAUGGCACUGCCACUGUUCCUCAGUACAAUGCUUCUGCCAUCACUGUGCCAGUAGCACUCUACUAUGGAGGAAAUGAUUGGCUAGCAGAUCCCAGUGAUGUGAAAAUCUUGAUGCAGAAGCUUAAAAGCAAGUGGUAUGAUAAAUAUAUUGCACCAUGGCAGCAUUUGGACUUCACUUGGGGCCUGGAUGCCGCAUCUGUGGUAUAUGAUGACAUCAUCAAGAGAAUUAAUGAGAUUGAAUAUGGACUUUGACCUCUUUUUGUACCAAAAAUAUAAUUCAGAGUAACUUUUUUAAAAAAAAAAAGAAAAAAAUGAAGCUUUGUCACAUUUCAGCAAAUGAUUUAUGAUAACUCAUACUAGCUUUGCUUUCAAAAUUUUAAUUUGGUAUGUGAGUGAGUGAUUUAUUAGUAUUUUGGUUAAGUUCUUUUGGCUGGUUUCUUAUUUCUUCGUGAUAAAUGAAAAAAUUAAUAUUAGAUUUUUUGAAGCUUUAUAAGAAAGUUUCAUCACAUUAAAAAAGAUUUACAAAUUUGUAUUACUAAUCAUUUCUUUAUUAGGGGAAGUAUUGCAUAAUGUUGUAAAUCCAAAUCUCAUGAAAUGUCUUCAUUUAAAACUUUGAAGUGUUCUACCAAUAUAUGAUAAUUAUGUUCUAUAAUUAUGUAAUUUUUUUCAUGAAUACAAAUUAGAGUGUGAAAACAAGGACAUAAUUGAGAAUUAAGUAUCUGAGUUUAGGGAAAAUAUUUUAAAAGUUGAGGUUGAAGAACUUACCUUCUAUUUCCUCAUUCUUCUCUAGUUACUGUAUUUAUAGAUCAAUUCAGUUGCUUCCAUUUUUUAUAGAUAUUAUUCUUACAAUGCUCAAUAUGAAAAGGUUCUUAUUUUUUCUUAAAUAGAUCAUUAAAUCCUAAGUUAAGUUUUGCGUAAUGCUGUCAUGAGUUUCCUUAAUGUCUUUACUUUCACGAUGAAAAUAAUACAAAGGGGUGUUCCUUCA